CCUAAAAUCGAAACCAAAAGCAGAUGAAAGGUAACAUGCAUAUCGCUCGACACAGCAGUCACAUUAGGACGGAUCUGGAUGGAAAAUGGCAAAAAACAAAAUGACAGUCGUUUACAAAGUUGCUGCUUUGGGUUGCGCCGUCUGCGUCGAUCUGUCCGUGUUCUACACACAUGGAUCAUUCGUGACGCACAGUGUCUCUGCACAUUUCGCUCGCCUCUGGGUGUUCGCGGUUCUCCGGUGCUUGGCUCUAACUGCAGUACUUCAGCUCACAGUCGGACACAUCAAACCGUUACUGUUUCGCGUUCUAACGGCGCACAGUCUACUCCCUGCGGUGUUUGAGACAGGGUCCUGGGCGCUGUACCAUGAGGAGAACCAGUGUGGCCGGCAGGCGGAUGUUCGCUGCUGGCUACUGUGCACCGCUGCAUCCCUGGCUGCUGCACUGUUCUGGGAGGUCAUCGUCCCGGACACGGACGAGGCUGCGGCCGGGAGAGAGAAGAAGCAGAAGGCGAGAGUUCUGUUUGUGAGAGUGCUGCGUCUGUACAGGCCCGACUACCCGCUGAUGCUCGGAGGGUUUGUCUUCUUGUCCUUGGCGGUUCUGUGUGAGAUGUCCAUCCCCUUCUACACUGGGAAAGUCAUUGACAUCUUAAGUGGUCAGUAUAAACAGAUGGAAUUUGGAUCUGCCCUUUUCUAUAUGGGCCUGUACUCCCUUGGAAGUUCUGUGAGUGCAGGCUGCAGAGGGGGUCUUUUACUCUGUGCCAUCAGUGCAUUCACGUGCAGAAUAAAAGUCAUGCUUUUUGGGGCUUUGACCAAACAGGAAAUUGGAUUCUUUGAGACCACGAAGACAGGUGAACUGACACACAGGUUGUCCAAAGACACUAAACUGAUGGGACAAACAGUGUGCUUGAACGUCAAUGUGCUGCUGAGGACAUUCAUUAAGACGAUCGGCAUGAUUUUCCUGAUGUUGAGCCUUUCAUGGAAGCUCACGUUGAUCAUACUGAUGGAGACGCCCAUCACUGGCCUCAUUCAGAACAUCUAUGACACACACUACCAGAGGCUGACUUUGGCAAUGCAGGACUCUAUGGCUUUGGCAAAUGAAGCAGUGAGCGAGGUAGUGUCCAAUGUCCGUGUGGUUCGCAGCUUUAAUGCUGAAAAACAUGAAGCAUGUCGCUAUGAUGUCCGCCUGAUGGAAGCACAUGCUCUCAAGACCCGGCGAGGCACAGUCAGAGCAGUUUACCUGCUUGUACAGAGGUUGAUCGGGCUGAGCAUUCAGGUCCUAAUGAUGUACUUCGGCAGACAGUUCAUCCAGAGUGGACAGAUGACCACUGGCAGCCUCUUAUCGUUCAUCCUCUACCAGUCUGACGUUGGAGACAGCAUCAGGACACUCGCUUACAGCAUUGGGGACAUGCUGAACUCGGUAGGGGCUGCUGGGAAAGUCUUUGAGUACAUUGACCGAAAACCUCUGGUCACCACACAUGGAACACUCAAACCAGAUGUGCUGAGAGGACACGUCAAUUUCCACAAUCUGAGCUUCGCCUAUCCUUCAAACCCUGACAAGAAUGUGCUGCAGAAUAUUUCUCUGGAGCUGAAGCCGGGUCAGAUGACGGCACUAGUUGGUCCGUCUGGAGAGGGAAAAAGCACCUGUGUGAGUUUGCUGCAGCGAUUGUACGACCCGCAAGCUGGAGAAAUCCUUUUGGACAAUGAGCCAUUGGAAUUGUAUGACCACAGCUUCCUCCACAAUAAGGUUACCGUAGUGAGCCAGGACCCUGUGCUCUUCUCCAGCUCGAUUAGAGACAACAUCGCCUAUGGACUUGCUGAGUGCACUUUGGAUGAGAUUCAGGAAGCAGCACGCAAAGCCAACGCCCAUGACUUUAUCAAGCAGCUGGCGAAAGGCUACGAUACAGAGGUUGGUGAGGGUGGCAGCCAGCUGUCCAAGAGUGAGAAGCAGCGAAUCGCCAUUGCUCGUGCUCUGGUCAGGAGGCCACAGGUCCUCAUUCUAGAUGAAAUAACAAGUUCUCUGGAUGCUGAGAGUGAAAAUGAGGUUCACCAGACCCUGACUGGCUGCCCCAACCAGACCCUUCUGGUGAUUGCUCACAAGCUGCAGACAAUUGAGAAGGCAGAUCAGAUUAUUGUGAUCAGUGGUGGCAAAGUGGAGGAGCGAGGGACUCACUGUGAACUGAUGCACAAUAAAGGGAGCUACUACAAAUUGGUGGAAAAGCUCUUUGCUGAGUGAAAACUUACACUGUCGCUGUGAAAAUGCAGUGUGUUUAGUGUGCUGUGCUUACUGUGUUCACAUGUUCAGAAUGUUGUGUAUAAAUGCUGAAUCCAAUCACUGUAUUUAUGUUUGUAUAUUUAGUAACAUAGAGUGUGUUCCAUGUUCAAGGAGGGUAUGUUUUCACAUGUCUUUUAAUUUGCAUUAAAUAUGGCAGAUCCAUCAAAUGUUGCUAUGGAUGUGGAUUAAGGGGAAGAUGUGGGUAUUUCACUUUAUUUAACUAUGUUUUUAGGAAAAAUAAAUCAUUUACUGUGAGUUACCAGGCAUAGUCCUUUUUUUAUUUUCACUAUAAAAAAGAUACAAUAUGUGGAGAUUUGUGUAUGAUUUUUCCAUUUCAUUGCCUUGUAUCUUUUUAAAAGUGACUACACUUUCCCAAAUAAAAUUCUAAUAAACGUUAGACAUCUUGGAUCAUCA